GUCUGAUCGUUGCGUGUGUGCUUGCGCCCGUCUGACCGUGCACCUUUCCUUCUAUCCUUCCAUUCGUCGUGUCUUACUCCAUGCGCCUGCAUCCCCCAUGGCGUUCACGGCAGCAGUCCGGGUUCCUGGCGUUCAUCCUCAUCGAUGGAAUUGUCGGCGCGGUGCUCGUCAAACACGGUGGUGUCGGGUGGUGUCGGCGUCGGUGUUGCUUUCUAGCUCCGCGCCUCCCACAGCUAGGUCUCACAGCGUGCAGGAGCAUUAUCGGCAAGUAUAUAACACAAGUCUUUAACAAUAACCUUCGCUACCCGGCCAUCUUCGGUGUCUGUAUCCGGGUAAGAACAACGGUUCAAGUGAGUGAUAUUGCUUCUUAAGAAAAUUAUAUGAACUCACUGUGUGCAGGAGCAUUAUUGGCAACUUGGAAAAGCUCAUCAGUACGUCGUCUCCAUAUUUGUGCCGGCAGGUGGAAUUCCGGUGUUUCGACGGGAUACUCACAAGCAUAUUCCAACAGGUGCUGUGACAAUCGACCUGAAGAAGCCUAAGACGAUGCAGUAAUGGGCAGGAAGAGACACUGCACACCCCACGCAGUGUGCUGCGGGUCCGCGGGCUUCGUUGUUGUCGCUAGGAACGCACCGGAGGCGGGUAGGGGGUGUGGCGGCGGAUGCUAUGGUCGGCCGGGGUGUACAUGCACACAAACAAAUGUAUCAUAUUGUAGCAGCUACUGGAACACAGGGGCAUUUGACACGAUAUUCGCGAGCAGCUGCCGGAAUAUAGGAG